AAGGCAGACAACACCAGCAUGAAUGAACACAGGCGAACCUUGGGAGAUUAUCAGGCAGGGAUGUGACCCUGGAGCACAACCGCCUUCCUUCUUUAUACCUAACACACAUACCUACAGAUGUGUGUAUUUAUAUGUGUAGAUUGGACUUAGAAUAUAUCGAUCCACCCCCAUUUUCUAUGCUCCUUUAACUUGCCUGACUUUGGAAAAAAAUAACCUAUAGUUAUUCCAUUUUAACUGCAUUUGUUCGACAGUAGGAUGCAUAUUUAUUACUGGGUUGUUUAUUAUUUUUAAAGAAACUAUCACAUUUAAUGUUACUUUUUUUAAGAAUCACUAAAUUGAAAUGUUUAUAUAUUGGUGUGCAUUAUUGAUUUGCUUUUUUCGGUAUUCAUUUGCCAUGGAUUUUUAUUGCUAAGAGAUUUCCACUGAAGGGAUGGUUGCAAAGAACUAGACGGCGCCUCACCUUGUUUUGAGUUUUCAGGCGGUGAUUGAUUAUUCUAAUCGCAGUUUGUGAGUUCGGUGGCUCGAUCGUCAGAGGUAUACUGGUGUCAUUUAUGCUGCCUAGCGACUGGGCAAUAAUAUUAUGGUCUUUUAGCAGUCUGGAAAGGCGCCUUAUUCAUUCAUGAUGUGAAAAGGCUCAACUGCAUUACAAAAUAUGGCUUUUUUUUCCUUUUCGAAAGGGAAGAAAUAGAUUACUGAAUAUCUAAUUAAUGAAUAUAUAUAUAUAGAGAGAGGGCGUGCUAUAUAUAUGUAUAUGUAUAUAGAUGACGUGAAAGCGGGUCGUUUUUUUGCAUGUGAACCAUCCAUUUUGUGUUGCUUUUUAAGCAAAUGGUUUCCCAGGACAAAAACAUGGCAAAACCUUAUCCAGUUCCCAUGUUUACAUGACUCAUUCUGUUUGUUAAGAUGAGAUGGAGUUGCUUUGGUUGUCCAGAAACGAGGUUGGGGUUUCCUCCGAGCGAGCGGAUAAAGAAUCGCGGUGCCUUGCAUUGCAGUAUGUGCUCGACUGCAACUGCAGAGAAUGUCGGAUUAUUUAUGGCCGGGAAGAGGAGCCGGCUCAGUGCUGCCACAGUGUGGCCGACGGUGGAACUGGGCGCAGAGAGGGAUAAAUAAAUACCAAACCCUGCGGGGGGAUUUAUCCCUUUAAAGAAACCUCUAUUUAAAAUUACUAACAGCACCCAGAACAAAACAAAACCGGUUUUAAUUGGCCUUCCGGAAAUUACACCCUGUCUGGUUAUGUCAAGAUUGAAACGAUAUGUGGGGGAGACGUUGGGGGAGGUGGGAAGCUAUUUUCCUUCGAACCAAUAUUUUAUAUGGAAUGGGAUGUGGGGAUGUUUGGACCCGGGCAGCUGGAAGAGCCGCAGUGAAACUGGUUGCUAAUAGACGUUCCCUCUAAACAAGGGCUAGGAUUGAGAAGCUCUGUUUGGAUUAUCCUCGGCACGCGAAAGGUUGUUCUCUGUUCCCUCUCUCCACAAGAGUGGGAUUUGCAAGUGGAUUUAUACCUUCGGGGAAGGGAGCUUUGCAGCUUAAGAGGGGAGCUGCCCUCCGCACCUGUAUUCUAACUUUGUUUGACUUGUGGGGUCGGAUGAAUUGAAACCGGGGUUUUUAGGGGGAGGGAGGGUGCGAGAGGGAGGGAGAGCCCUCCGCCUGUUAAAGUGGUAGUAGCCCUACAUUUGGAAACCAGGCCGGCUAAUACUGGGAAAGAAUUCGGGAGUUGUGCCUGGUUUUGUUUGAACAGGACUUUUCUGGCUCUUCCCCCUUCAGGGCUACGUGUGCCUCCUGGUCAUUCAAAUUAUCAGGUUUAGGUACAGAAGUUCUCUGUUUCCCCCCAAUUCUCACAAAUGCUUUGUGAAAAAUAUGACGUGAGCAAGUUAAGCAGUUCUGAAAGGCAUUCUCUUGGAAAAGGUCUGAGAAGACACGAAGGAUUUUCCUGAGGAAAAUGUGUUCAUGUAUAAAGACACAGUCGCUUGGCUGUGCCCUGAUGAAAAUGUAUACUUUCUGGGAGGAGAAUCCAGCACGGAGGGAAAAAAUACAUAUGGCAGGCUGUCAUCAUCCAAGCUCUCCUCUCCGUUGGAAAAUAAGGUUUAAAGAAUCGCUCAGUUUGGAAAUAAUUCUGCCUGUGGUUGGAGACGCAAGAAGGUCUACCAGGAGGGGCCAUUGGCGAAGGAACGUCACGUGACAGAGGGGUGCCAAUGUUAUUCUUUAAGGGUGUCAAGACCCUGUCAGUUUGUGAAAUAAAUAUUGGGAAACAACAGAAAUGCAAAAAGCGACCUAUUACGACAGUUCUGCGAUCUAUGGCGGCUAUCCCUACCAAGGAACAAAUGGUUUCGCUUACAAUGCGAGUCAGCAGCAAUAUCCUCCGCUGCCUCCUUCUUCCUCGCUGGUGGAAACGGAAUACCAUCGACCGGCCUGCUCUUUGCAGUCCCCCGGCGGCAGCGGCGGAGGGGGGGUCGGUGGGGGCGCCCUGCCCCACCACAAGGCCACUGACAUCAAUGAGAGUUGCAUGAGGACCCUCACCAGCCAGACCCUCCCGCCCCAGGUCCUUCCAGAGCAACCUCAGCAGCAGCAGCCCCCGCCUCCAAGCCAACAAGGCCCCCAACAACCAGCACCCCCUCCACCGCCCUCCUCGGUGUCGCCACCUCCCAACGCCCCCAACGCCACCUCCGCCCCGGCCAACGCCACCAAGGGCGCCAUCUUGAACUCGCCCACCAUGUCCAAACAGAUAUUCCCCUGGAUGAAAGAGUCUCGGCAAAACACCAAGCAGAAACACAGCGGGUCCAGCUCAGGUGAGAGUUGUGCUGGUGACAAAAGCCCCCCUGGGCAGCCCUCCUCUAAAAGAGCCCGCACAGCUUACACCAGUGCCCAGCUGGUAGAACUGGAGAAGGAGUUCCACUUCAACAGAUACCUUUGCAGGCCAAGAAGGGUAGAGAUGGCUAACUUGCUCAAUCUCACAGAAAGACAGAUCAAAAUAUGGUUCCAAAACCGCAGGAUGAAAUACAAAAAGGAUCAGAAAGGGAAAGGCAUGAUGACCUCUUCAGGAGGACAGUCCCCCAGCAGAAGUCCUGUACCCUCAGCUCCGGGAGGCUACCUGAACUCUAUGCACUCCCUAGUCAACAGCGUGCCCUACGAGCCCCAGUCCCCUCCAUCCUUCAACAAGCCUCACCAGAACGCCUAUGGCAUCCCCACGUCAUAUCCGGCUCCUCUCACUAACUGCCCACCUCCCCAAAAGAGAUACACCGGAACUGCCGCAGUGACUCCUGAAUAUGACCCUCAUUCUCUCCAAGGCAAUGGUUAUGGUAAUCCACAUAUACAGGGAAGCCCCGUCUACGUUGGGAGCAAUUAUGUGGACACCAUGACGAAUUCUGGGCCCUCCAUCUUUGGUCUGACUCACCUCCCGCACCCUUCCGCUGCCAACAUGGACUACAGUGGGCCAAUGGGCAACAAUCACCACCAUGGACCUUGUGACCCACACCCAACCUACACAGACCUUACUUCUCACCAUGCUUCUCAGGGAAGAAUUCAGGAAGCCCCCAAAUUGACCCAUCUGUAAUUAUAUCAUCAGUUGCUUAGUGAAUCCUUAAAAAAUAAAUAACCCCCAGCCCUUUUUUUAAGAAAAGGAAAGAAAAAAGGAAACUUUUGGAGUCCCCUCCCCCUCUCCUUCUGUUCUACUAUUUUUCUUUUGGUUCCAAAAAAGGAAAGCAUUUUCUAGUUUAUGUGACGUAGCAAUAUUUGUUGCUUGAAUUGCCCUCUAGUUUCCAUGGUGGAUAUUUAUCUCCUCGAACUCUUUGCCUUGUGUUCUCGCUUUGAGAGGAACGCAAAGGCUUUCUACAUUCUUAAUGUCGACUCUUUUAUCAAAACAGGGUAUUAUGAACAAAUUUUCUAUACAGGCGGUUCUCAAAUGUGAAUUUGUUCCUACGGAUUGAUCCCAACCCGGGAGGCUUUUUUUUGGUAUUAUUUUAAUUGCACUUCUUUUAAAUAGCGAGAAAGAAAUAAACAAAAGGCGCUUGCCGAGGGCUUCCCUGAAUGAAAUUAUAAAAACGUGUACGUCAACGUGUGUAUGCUGGUGACCUUUCAGAUUUAUUUAUAUUUUUUUGCAAACUUUGAAUAAUCUAAAUGUUUAAUUUUUUUUAUUUAUCCCCACCUGUUCAUAUUUAUAUACAUAUAUAUAUAUAUAAAGAUAUUAAAAAAAAUACCCCUUCUGUACCCUGAAAAUUCAGGAGAUAUUUACCUGGCUGUAUGUGAAAUGGCAUACAUAGGGAAUAUCGUUUGAAAAAGGGAAACUAGAACUCUUUUAUUUAAAAAGAAAGAAAGAAAAAUGCAAUAAAAUCUGGAAAUCAAAACAAUAGGCCGCUCUAGAAUUGAAUGUCUUGUCAACAUGGAAUCGAACAGGACACAUAACAACGUGGGAACCUGAAUAAGGACAAGACAAAGAGACUCGAUUUGUUUUGGAAGUUAUACAUUCCUUGCUGCUCACAUUCUGAAAAAAAAUUACAAAUAAAGUUUUUAUUCUGAAUAA